CUCAUCCCCUUUCCCCACCCCACUUGUGCAUUUUUUCCCUAUAAAUGCAGAACUCUGCAUUCUCAUUUUCAUCACACUCAACUAGCUUUUAGUUAUAUAUACUAUUGAGAGAAACAAAACAGUUUAGAGAAACAGAGAGAUGGAAGGUUUUUGUAAUAACCGUUGCCAUUUCCAAAUUGUUUACUGUCUAAUUUUAAUUGCCUUGAUCACUUGUUCAUUUAUAGAGUCUGCAAGACCAGCUGCGGGAGAAACAAAUACAGAAUUUAUACGAACAUCUUGUAAGUCAACAACUUAUCCAAAUCUCUGUUUCAGUUCAUUAUCAGGCCGUUCAAAUGCUAUUGGAGUUUCUCCACAACUUCUAGCUCAUGAAUCCCUCACCGUUAGCCUCGAAACAGCCCAAUCAACAUCCGCUAUGAUGUUGAAAUUGGCACACAGUCAAGGCAUGGCGCCUAGAGAGGUAGGCGCCAUGCGUGACUGUGUGGAGGAAUUAAGUGACGCAGUUAGUGGAAUUAAAAAAUCUUUAGGGGAAAUGAAGGAAUUGAGAGGAAAAGAUUUUGAUCUGAAAAGGAAUGAUAUUCAAACAUGGGUGAGCGCCGCCUUGACCGACGAGGACACGUGUACCGAGGGGUUCACCGGAAAAGUGAUGAACGGGAAAGUUAAGACAGUAGUAAGGGAAAAGAUACUUGAAGUUGCACAUAUGACGAGCAAUGCUUUGGCUUUAAUCAACAGUCUUGCUGCCCUUCACGGCUAAAGUAUAAUUAAUUAAAACGACAAUUAAGUAUAUAUAUGCAUGUAUGUUGUUAAUUAAUCUUCAUUUAGAAAAAAGUGUAGUUAAUUCAUGCUUAGUUGAUUGCUGUAAUGUACUAGAUAAGAUGUUUGUUUGUGAUCAAUUUCUUAAAUGAAAAUGUUCCAUAUGCAUUUGUUGAAAA